AAACAAUCAACAUGCUGGUAUAUUAAUAGCAGUAACAUCCAACCAAUGUUAUUGGCUGGUAACUACUGCAUAGAGUCACUUCAAGCUAUAAAACUUCAAACUUCCGAGGAAUCAUACAUCUAGACAACUUCAAAACAAGCUAACAAUAUAAAGAGCACAUAAGAUGAUUGGUGUAACUAAACUUUGCCUUGUUGCCCUGACAACAGUGUUGAUAUUCACAGAGAUAAAUGGAAGCUUAGAGAUCAUUCAAGAUUGUCCAGAAGGAGGGACCAAAGGAUCAUUCAGCUACAGUUUAACAAAUAACCUUAAUCGUGAAAUCAGGGUGGUUAUACAUGAAAAUGUGAAUAAUAUAGAAAACAAGCAGGUGCUACUGAAUUCCACAAAGGAAAUAACGAUGGAAGCUCGAGCUACUGUGACUGGGAAAACUACAAACUUUGAAAACCCUGGCCCAGGAAUGUUGACAUUCUACUAUCGUGUCUCAGUAUCUGGGGAUAUUCAGUAUGUGGGGCACUCCCCAUGUGUGUUGAAGCCUACGGACCAACCAAGGGAUGGUGGAUCCUUAAUUCAAGGGAGCUUGCUAUUGCUUCUUGUGUCACUCUUAACAUUCAUGAUUUCCUAGAUUUCACUGAGGAUUCAUGUAAAUAUUAAAGAUUCUCUUUAUUAUUAGUGCUGUUAGGACAGCACCUCAUAAGUUCAUCCAUUUUCGUCAGAUUAGCCAAAUAAUUGCUUCAUUGGAGUAAACCUAUUUGUAAAUGAUCAUUAUCAGAGAGUUAAAAUACUUAUCUCAAAAUAGUUCAUAAUGAAUAAAGGAAAUGUUCAAGAAUUUUGUACCAACUUUUAAACAAAAAAGAUGAUCUAUAAUUAAAUUAAAAAUUAAAAAGUUAAGGUAUAACUUAGGAUCAUUAUCCUACUGUCUAAAGGGGAAAUAUUGAAGAUAAUUGGGGAAAACAAUUCUUUCAAUUCGAGAGCCUCUGUUGGGGAUUUCUUCAAUCACUGUCAAUAUUGUCAAGUUAGAUUCUUGCAAAGAUCCUU